AUGUCAAAUCUAAGACCAAUAGCAAAGAGUUUGCAGGAAAAAUGUGAAAAGGAAUUAAAUGAACAACCAGAAAGGUUAGUUUCUGAUAUCAAAGCCAUUAGGGACUGGCUUCAGAAACAACCUCACUUACAAAGUGUAAGACCAUCUGACCAAUGGCUAUUAUCUUUUCUACGUGGUAACAAAUUUAGCCUUGAAAGAACAAAGGAAAAGUUGGAUAUGAGUUAUACUUUACGGACUUUGGUGCCUGAGAUAUUUAAGAACAGAGAUCCUUUAGAUCCGAAACUUAAUGAAGUACUGAGAAAGGGCUUGUUUUUGCCGUUGAAGAAAUGUGCAAAAGAGGAUGGUUGUCGACCUAUGUUUGUGCGGCUCAACCUUCGCGACGGACCCUUGAUACCAGUCGAACUGCUGAUGAAAGUUGCUUUUAUGAUUGUCGAAAUUAUGAUUCGAGAUGACGACAAUUUCCUUAUAUGUGGAGAGGAAGUGAUAGUGGACUUAAAGAAUAUAGGAAUGGCGGCCCUGAGUCAAUGGACGCCGGCUUUAGCGAAAAAAGUCGUAAUGUCUUUUGAAAAGGCUUUGCCAGUUCGAAUGAAGAACAUUCACAUAUUAAACCCACCACCAGGAUUGGAAACCGUAUUAAAUUUAGUAAAGGCAUUUAUGAGUCAGAAAUUAAAAGAUAGAAUUUUUGUAUAUGGCCAGAAUUUGAAUAGUUUUCACGAAAGAUUUCCACGAGAGUUAUUACCAGAAGAAUACAGUGGUAACAAUGGAACUGUACAAGAUCUUUCUGAUUACUGGACACACAUACUUGAGGGUAAUCGUGAUUGGUUCCUGGCCGAAGAGGAAGCGUGUUCAGACGAGUCCCGAAGACCUGAAAAUCCAAAGACAACCACUUCUCUAUUCGGAGUAGAUGGGUCCUUCAGAAAACUAGAUUUUGAUUAA